UUAUAAUCAUUAAUAUGCACCACCUAAGCUGAGCGCGGUCAAUCAUUGUCUCCAGUUUAAAAUAAAAAAAGCGGGAAAUCACUUCAGAGACGCGCGAAUUCAAACCGUCGCAAACAUUUUUUGCUGGUUUCUGUUUAUGAAUGAAUUAUAGUAGUUUAGAUAAUUUGCGUAAUAACUUACAGUAGUGGAAAGUAAUUGCGUUUUGGAUAGUUUUCUAGACUGGCGUGAUUGGUUAUACGGAUAUCACACACGCACACACUCGUCAGACCAGACUACAGCAAAAUACUCUUCAUACAACGAGACAAUGGCAGCUUCCGCGAGAAAACAGAACAAGAAGACCAAACACACUGACAGCACCGCAGACCUGAAAAAAGCGUUUGACUUCGACACUCUGGACGAAAAGAAAGGAAGUGGGUCUGACGAUGAUACCAGAGAUGAAACUCCAAUCAUUGACAAGCUGACCAAGAAAAGAUCUGCAGAUACGUUUGAUGACGAUGAUCUUACUGCAGGUGUGGGGAAUGAGGUUCAAACUAUGCUGGAAAGAUUCGGUGCGGACAUCAGCAAGGCCAUGCAGACCAAAAGGAAACGUUUGGAGGUUCUCACCAAAAACUCCUUAAAGGGCAGCACUCAGAAACUGGAGCAAAUGUGGAAAACCCAGCAGAAUCAGAGGCAGAAGCUGACACAAGAUUAUUCUCAGCAAGUUCUGUCUGUGCUUCAGCAGUGGGAGACCGACGUUCAGAAAUCUGAGGAGCAGGAGGAGAAGCUGAAUAAUUUGUUUCGCCAGCAGCAGAAGCUCUUCCAGCAGGCGAGGGUUGUGCAAAACCAGAAAAUGAAAACCAUCAAAGACCUGUAUGAGCAGUUUGUCAAGAACAUGGAGGAGAUGGAGAAAAGCCAUGAAGCCUUCCUGCAGGGCACCCAGAUGGAGCUGAGAAAGGAGAUGGCCCUGCUGCAGAAGAAGAUAAUGAUGGACACACAACAACAGGAGAUGGCCACUGUUCGGAAAUCCCUCCAAUCCAUGCUGUUCUGAAAGCAUCUUUCUGUUCUAAUGACAACACUGUAGAUGACUUAACUUGUGUUUGAAAACGAAGGUUUACUUUAUUAAAAAAGUUUGUUCAUUUUAAUCCAUAAUUGUAUAAUAAUAAUAUGUAAGUAAUUUAACUCUUGUGUCAAGAUUAAAGAUCCCAUAAAUUAAUUUUUCUUUUCUGUGU